CAUUUGAUCCGAUGCAACAUCACUGUGGCAUGCACGGAUCGAUUGAUGCUAGACGUGAAAAUUAUGAAGAGUCGACAGUGCGUUACUGGCCGCUUAGACUACGCGCUGUGGAGUGCCAUGGAUGCGGGAAUGUCAGCGCCCGGUGAUACGGAGUUACGUCGUCUCUUCAACUGGUUAAAAUUCGAAAAAACGAAACACGAACUGGUUAAAAGUCCAAAUUCAAUGCCAGAUGAUUGGAAGAAAUACACUGCUAUGAUCUGCAAGACACUGUGUGCGACGCAGACGGCGGAUCCGCGUCCUUCGCUGCAUUACCGCGGGAAGAAGUGGUGUGUGGACGGUCUGCGGUGUUUGAAUCCUGAGAAGCUGUCGCGUUUGUCACUCCAUUUCCUCAACCUAUUGAUGAAGGCCUUGCCUUGUUGA